AUGUAUAUUCUCGAUAUGCUACAGCUCAGAACAUCUAUAAUGAAAAAAAAAAUUAAUAAAAUAAAGUUAGAUCAAUUGUUGUUUGAAGUAAAGAGUGAAAUUGACUCUACCUUAUACAUGGUAAAUUUUCAAUUACCAAGUUGUACAUGUUUGGAUUUCAACAAGUAUCAUUGGCCGUGUAAACAUAUAUGCGCAUUAUUUAUUUAUGUACCAGGAUGUUCAUUUGAAGAUUUACCACAAAUAUUCCAAAAUAAUGUUUUCAUUUCACCUGAUCCUCGGUAUUCAAUUACUAAUAAUACAGAUCAAUUAAUUAUAAACAAAGUUACAGUUUUGAAUGAAAAAAAUGAAAAUGUCACUAUAAAUACCUCUGUAAAUCCAAGUUCUGACUUGGAAUUAACAACUAGUGGAAAUAUUUCAAACAUACCAGCUCAAUGUCGAGAAUUGCUCAAAAAAAAUGAUAGAUUUAACUUACAUCAUAGACGAAAAUCAACAUCCAGAAUGGUCAAAAGAACUAGAUACUUUAAAUAA